AUGGCGCUCGAACAGACAAUCACCAUUGUUAACAACUCCGGCAAGAUUAUCAAGACCGGCAAGCAGCUCUUUUCCAUCUUCAAGGAAGCCCAAGGCAACUACAAAGACAAGAAGGCAGAGAUCAAAGCCCAGCAGGGUGUACAGCGCUCUCAAUCCUUCGACGUCAAUGCUCAGCCUCAAGCCUUUCCUGUAGAACACUUUCACAUCGAUGAUGACCGCUCCCGAUAUUAUCCUCCUCGCGCAGGUGACCAGCGCAGCGAAGCUGGGUCACAACGCAGUCGCCGAUCGCGAAGCGUCCACUCGCGACACCCCCGAGAGGACUUUGCCAGUCGCCGUGCGCUGACUCUUGAUAACCUCGAGAGACACACCGAAAUUUCUGCCACAGCCCCCAGCAAAGCUCCCACCCGAACUGUAUACAAGGAGAUCCCCAUGGAGCUUGCCAUGCCUCAGCGCAGCAUGGCUACCUCUGCCUACGGCGCUGGCCCUAUGGUCCCCCGAAACCGAUCGACCGGAGAACUAGUACAGAUGAGGCCGCGCAAGGAAAUCGACAUGGACCUCGCCUAUGGAAGCGUUCCCCCCGAUCUGAAGGACCGCACCGAUCUGGACCCGCAGUACUAUGAUGAGAAGCAGGCCAUGGGUCUUGUUCACCGCGUUGAGGGUCUCUUAACCGAAGCCAAAUGUAUCCACCAUUCGGCUACAACGACAAUGGCCGAGCUCCAGAAGAACCCAGACCACGCGGCGGCCGUUGCACUCUCGCUUGCUGAGUUGUCAAAGAUGGUCAAGAAGACAUCGCCCGCUUUUCUGGGUCUUCUCAAGAGUGGAUCGCCAGCUGUCUUUUCUCUCUUAUCGUCCCCGCAAUUCUUGAUUGGCACGAGUAUCGCUGCUGGUGUCACUGUUAUCUGCUUUGGAGGAUGGAAGAUCUUCCAGAGAAUGAAGGAGGAGAAGGCGGCACGAGAGGCCCUGGCGUAUGAGGGUGUGCCUAUGGACCGUCCUGCACCUCUGCGCACCCAGAGCGAGUACGGUGUCGAGUAUGGCCCAGGUGUCGAUGAGGCCCUCAUUCUUGAUGACGACUUGAGUUCAAUUGAGACCUGGAGACGAGGCAUUGUGCCUUAUGGAGAGGAUGAGAGUGAAGUUGACAUGGAGCUUAUCACACCCUUGGCCGACAGGGAGACGAGAAGCCGUUAUGGCGGGGAUGAUUUCGACACAAAGUCCCGCCGAAGCACAAGAACAAGUAAAACACACGAGAGUUCACGAAGUCACAAGACACACCGAACAGACGACAGCCGCCGUAGCCAUCGCAGCCACAGGAGUCGUCGUGAUGAUGACGACAGGAGUACACGACGUGAGGAUUACGCAGAGAGCAUCGCCGACAGCGAGCGCAGCCAUCGCUCAUCAAGGAGUAAGCGAUCCGAGAGGAUCGAGACGAGGUCAAUCGACAGUCGAAGCAGCAGCCGACGAGACGACGAAUCACAAGUCACUGUACGACCCAAGGUCAACCGCAACAACAGCAACAUGCUCAAGGCCCUCUUCAAGAACAAGGAGAAGAAGGAGCGCUCGCUUGUCAUGGCAUAA